AGCAGAGCACAGCAAACCCUGUGAUGACUGCCCCAGGGCUCUGCUCUGCCCCACAGUGCUGCCCAGGACCUUGGGUGCACGUGUGACUCACCAGGCUCCCCACUGCCUGCCCUGAAGAAGCAGGUGAGGUGCAGGACCCAAGGCCAUGCCUGUGUGGAGUGAGGAGCAGCCCCACGCUCGCCCCGUCACUGCAGACACCCCACAGCCGCUGUGCCCACCCCGUGCUGCAGCCUCAGCUCAGCCAUGGACAGCACAGAGCUGGAGUCAGACAUCCUGCGCCGUGUGCGUGCGCUGCUGCGGGAGCUCGACGGGCACCACCCCGCCUGCCAGAGCGACCGAGGGAUGCUGCGAUGGACCCUGCACAAAAAAAUCGACCAGAAUCCCAGUAACAGCUCCAUGCUGGUCAGGAUCCUGGUGAAGGAGCUGGAAAGGGCUGAGCGUGGUGACUUCAGGCAUUACAUCAUCCCACUGCUGCACACCCUGAUGUACACCCUGAUAAAGGCUCCCUGCAUCUCUGACGAGCUCUGCAGCAGGGUGUAUGAUUUCUGUAAGAAGCUGCUCACUCUGCCCAAACCUUUCUGCACCAUUGGUUUGGACUAUGCCAUCAGGCUGAAGAUGGAAAUGACAGCCCCAGGUAUGUUGUACCAGAGAAUGGUCAUCUCUGAACAAAGCCUCAAGAGCGACCCGUACCCUUACCAGGAGAAGAUUUUCGUCUUUGCUGAUCCAGAGCUGCUCUCUGAAGCCAUCUGCAACGCUCUGGUCACUGACACAGAGGCAGCUCAGGUCUCCCAGAGCCCCCGGGUGUGCAUGUGCUACGUGAUCACCCACACGGUGCAGGCAGCCCUGGCUGAGGGCUGUGACAUCCAUAGCCUGCAGGCGAGUCUCCAGGGCAUGGCCACGGGCGAUGUGGAGCACUGGUUCCAGCAGGUGGUGUCGGCAGUGGAGUGCGGGGGGAGCGCGGAGAGGGGCCAGCACACGGCGAGGCUGGAGGGCAUCUACCACAGCAUCCUCAGCUCCUCCCCAGCAGGUGAUUCUCCCCUGGGAGGGCUGCAGGGUACCCCUCUGCCCAACCCUAACAUCAGCUUCCACCUCUGGACAGAAGAUGACCAGCUCUGGAAGGAGCUGGUGCUGUUCAUCCACCCGCUCUCGCAGAGCUGUGAGCCUGACUGCCUCAGCCAGGACCUGGACAACUUUGAGAUCCAGGACAUCAUUUCAGAGUGUGAGUGCUGCGAGCAGACCCGCUUCUCCAUGCUCUCCACCGACAGCGGCAUCGAGCGCGACCUGCCUGCGGCAGCCGAGGAGCCCCUCGUGCCCUGCAGCGCCGAAGCCGAGCAAUCCCGGCUCCACAGGAAGGGGGGCAUCAAAAAGAAGCCAUCCCCUCUGGAGAGUGUGGCCUUCCUACAGGCUGGAGGCAGCAGUCCUGGGGCAAAACCCCCACCAAAGCUGCAGAGGAGAGCGGGAGCCCCCCCGGAGCCUGCAGCCCCUCUGCAGAGGCUGCACACUGCCCGCAUCGUGCUGCUGGGUGAUGAUCGCAUCCUGGGGCGCCUGGCACAAGCCUUCCACUCCCUGAGGAAACGAGAAACCCGUCGAGCGUUCCUGACUCCCAGGCUGAACCUGCAGUUCUACCACAUCCCAGUUGUGACAGGGCAGCCCAACACCUCGGCCCUUGUGGACCACACUGCCACCAGCCAUGGGGAGCUGUGUGAGGUGGCUGAGUACCUGAGCAGAGCCGACCCGUGGUACGAGAGCAACAUCAACACGCUGUGCCACAUCAUUCCCAAGCUGGCCACCAUGCCUUCCUCUCCCAGCAAACAUCUUGUGACUGAUCUGUUCAUCACGGAUGUCAUCGCUUACUACGCCCGCAUGGCCACCCAGCCCGUCUGCUUCCAGGUCUACGCUGUGAAGGUUUUCUUCAAUGACCCAGCACAGGAGCCAGCUGAGGACGUGUUCCUCACGGAGCUGUGCACGCAGGUGCAGGACAGCCUGUCCCACAGAGAGUUAAACAUGAUCAAGAAGAAAACAAACCUGGAUGGCCCUGGCAUAGACCUCACAGUAACAUACAGAAAGGUUGUGGUGAGUGACCGUGCGAAGGAGCUGGCUGUGUCCCUGCGCUCCACAGCUCUGGUGAUGAAAGCCAUCCCUGCUGAUGAGGCUGAAGACCUGAUGUGUCUGAGUGUGAACAUCACUGAAAUCAUUAGGAUCAACAACUUGUCGAGACGAUCCUUCUCAGCUGUGGCAAACAAGUUGAAAACACGUAAUAUCGCGAUCAGAAGCACGGAGCAGAGACCCUUCACAGUGUGUCUGGACAAGGACAGCAGAAGAACCUACAGGAACGUGAUCAACGUGGAAGUUUCUCCUUGCCUGGAGCCCAGCUACUGCUUGCAAAAGUCGAGGACAAUGAAAUUCAACCUGCAUGAAACAGAAGAUGUUGGGCUUGUGAAAUACAUGCCCAAGUCUUUGCUGUUGCCUAUCAACACAUUUGCAGGUGUCAUUCAGUGAAGAAAGUGAGAAAAAGAUGAUGUGAGAGAUAUGACAUUGGGUCAUCACACAGGAGAUGGAACAAGAAACCACACUGAAAGUCACCAGCAGUGAUUUUACAAUGGUAAUGGUGUGAAAAGCUGCAGGACAAGAGGUGGUUAGGGCUCAGCUGGGCCCUGCUGAGUGACAGGGAUGACCACAGCCAACACCCCCUGCCAUGGGGCAGAGCAUGGCUGAAGAACUGAGUUUUAACCUUUCGUGCAAGUCAGGAAAAACCUUUCAGCUUCCUCAUUUUAGGUAGAGUGGGAAGAGACAGUUGAGGUGAUGGUGCUUGCUGUGCUUGUGGAUCAGGGAACAGUUGCUAUCAGUGAUAACGAUUGUGGUGACAGAGCCAGGCAGGGGAUCAGGGCCUGUUGCACUGGAUUCUGCACAGCAGACUCUUCAUUCUGACACAGGGUGGUGUAUUUAAGCAAACCAGCAAUUACUCCCCUGACUGAUUUAGGAAACCUCGUUGUAAGCCUGACCACAACUAGGAGAGCACACGUGCUUAAUGUAGCCUCUGUGGAAGUCAACAGCAAAGCUGCCAUUGUUGCAGAGGGGCCACACAAAGUACCAAUGAACGGCGUGAAACAGGGAGAUGGGAAACAUAGGAUGACAUCUGGCAGUGACAAGCAGGGCAAGAACAACUCAGGCUGCUGUGGGCUCUGCUCAGCUGUGAAUGGUUUAGUUCUGCUGAGAGAAGAAGCUUUCCUUGAGCAGACAAUGGAGGCUGCACAACAGCUCUGAGCCGUAUGGGGGAUUUUGCCAUGGCCUCGCUAUGCAGCCUCUCCACGCCAGGUCUGGAGCCUCACAAGUGCUGGAUGCAUUCCUCCAGUUGUACAUCCUGGGAACAACCACCUACAAGCCCACCAGCAGCACCUCUGCAUCCCAGUCUGCCUCUCAGUGCCAGUUUGGGCUGUGUCUGCUCAGAGGGAUGCUCCUGGGACUGAUGAAUGAGCAGGAUGCCUGUGAGAUUCCUUCACUCCUUUCCUCUGCUGCUACCAUGGUGUGGAAACCCUUCCCUGGUUUGCAGAUGGGUCAGGCUGAGCCAACAGCACAGCUCCUGCUUCCACCCAGGCUCAGACUAACACAGUGUUAAGGAAGAUGAUGCAGGAGGAACCCAUCUUCAUUCCAGUUUGUGACUGAGUGGAAUAUGGAAGAUACACGGUGUGUAUUUAUUGACUUUCUGAACAGGAUCGGGGGUUUCUGCGAGUCUCUGUUAGAGUCUUUCCUAAAUGCACAUUGGAGGGGAUUUGAGAGCAUUCCUUCUAUGACACUAUAAUUGUUUCAUUCUCUCAGCUCCCAAAGAGCUUGUGACCUGGGCUGCCUUCACUUGGGGGGGGCUUGCUUGGAUCAGCAGCCCAAAGAAAAUGUCCUUUAGCUUUGUAGAUGUGCACAGCAGCUAUUCCCAGGCAUCUCUGGCCACCACUGGCAGGGAGUUCCUGGAGCCAGUUCUGUGCUACAGAGUGAUGCUGACCCAGUGACACUGGCACUACCAAACUCUCAUGUGAGCCCUAAAGGCUCCAUCCACCCCUCUGUCCUGUCUGCGCCAGGUCUGGCCAGCCCUGGGGAGCCGCACCUCUGGAGAGCCACUGCUGUUUAACCACCCACACCUGGAGCAAGGACUUCAUCUCAGAUGGGAGUGCUGGAGAGGAGUUUCCCUUCCACAGAGCUGCUUUGAGCUUGGAGGUUAUCUUGGCUGGUUGGGCCCCAUGGAAAUCUUACCAGUGCAAAAGGCUUUAGCCGUUCAACCACAGGCCUUCCUGGUCCUUCACUUUGCCAGCAAGCACAGGGCUACUGUAUCCCUUCUCCUAUCCUAACUGUUACCUGGUACAGCAGGCAUUGGUUCCCCAGGACAGUUCUCUCUCUGUACCAUGUCCAAAGCAACCACUGAAAUGCACUACUGGGGCAUGGCAGCUCUAGAGCUGUUGGCAGGUGAUGGGCUAUUUAGUGGUGUAAAAAGCCUCCCAAGAACUAUUUACUCCCAAACCAGCACCAGCAACAUGCAACAGUAACAUGACCAUUUCCUAAAGGAAGCUACCUGAAGUACUGAGAGCCAUAGCUUGAGCCAAGCACAGUCCCCAGGUCUCAACAUCCCCCAGAGUCAUGGAGCUACAAGAUCUCAGCAGCUCCAUUCUGAUCUUCAGUACUGUUUUUCACCUCACAAGUCAAACAUUGCUGACACCCACCAAUGCCAGACUUAGACAGCAAACAUUUUGGCCCUGGAGGAAGCUUCAGUUAGACAAGAGGCUCAGAAACAAGCCAGGAAUCUCCUGCUUACUCCAGCUGUUUAGCUCCCUGAGCUGUUGCACAAUGCAACACAGGGUUUAAGGGGUGACCAGCAGCUCUUCACACCUCUGCCUCCUUGAGGCUUCACUGGGAGAGCUCACAUACCCUGGCACACAAGGCAACUGCUUACAAAAUCAAGAGUCUGUAUGCUAGAUCAGAGUGUGGUCUGUGGUGUCCAGAGUUUAUUCUGUACAGUUGUAAAUGAUGUAGAUGGAUUAUAAGUUAUUUGUA